UUAUCUUCCCUUCAUUCCAUCAAACAUAACCCACUUAAUUAAUUCACCAAAACACAAGAAAAACAAGCAAUAUAACACAAUGGGUUACAAAAAAGGCAUUUUUCUAGUAUCCUUAGUGUUAGCAAUGAUCAUAAGUCUUUCAGAAGGUUUUGAUUACCAUGAGAAUGAUCUCGAAUCAGAAGAUCGGUUAUGGGACUUAUACGAAAGGUGGCGUAGUCAUCAUACGGUGUCAAGGAGCCUUAAUGACAAGCAUAAAAGGUUCAAUGUGUUCAAGCAAAAUGUAAAACUUGUACAUCAAGUAAAUCAAAUGGACAAGCCUUACAAGCUUAAAUUGAACCAAUUUGCUGAUAUGACUAGCCAUGAGUUUCGUACGCACUUUGCUGGGUCCCGCAUUAGCCACCACAGGAUGCUCCAUGGCAAGAAGAAUUCCGGAAGUGAAGGUUUUAUGUAUGCAAAUGUUAAGAAUGUUCCUACAUCUGUUGAUUGGAGGAAGAUGGGUGCUGUUACUCCUAUUAAGAAUCAAGGCCAAUGUGGAAGUUGCUGGGCAUUUUCAACAGUUGCAGCAGUAGAGGGAAUAAACCAAAUCAAAACAGGGAAGUUGAUAUCCUUAUCAGAACAAGAACUUGUUGAUUGUGAUACCUCAGAGAACCAAGGUUGUAAUGGUGGUCUCAUGGAUUAUGCAUUCGACUUUAUUAAAAAACAAGGUGGCAUCACCACUGAAGAUACCUACCCUUACGUUGGUCAAGACGGAAAAUGUAAACUUAAGAAGAAUAUUAAAAAAGUAUCAAUCGAUGGGCAUGAAGAUGUACCUGAAAAUGAUGAGAGUGCUCUGCUUAAAGCUGUUGCAAACCAACCUGUAUCUGUAGCAAUAGAUGCUGGCAGUGAUGACAUGCAAUUCUAUUCAGAGGGCGUGUACGAUGGAAAAUGUGGAACAGACUUGAACCACGGUGUUGCAGCCGUGGGCUAUGGAACUACGUUGGAUGGAACCAAGUAUUGGAUUGUCAAGAAUUCAUGGGGAGAACAUUGGGGUGAAAAUGGUUACAUUAGGUUGAAACGCGGCGUUUCGGAGAAAGAAGGAUUGUGUGGUAUUGCAAUGCAAGCUUCUUACCCAGUUAAGAACACUUCUAUGGAUGGACAGUCUUUGAAGGAUGAACUUUGAAUCAGAAUCACAUAUUGUUUUAAUGAUAUUAGUAUACGUUAUGAUUAAUUAUGAUGAUUGCUGGAAUUAAUGGCCUGUUUUAAGCUGGUCUAAUAUACUUUAUGGAGUAGUUUGUUUAGCAUAUUAAGAAAUAAAAAUUUGCAUUUGCUUUGUGUUCAAUCUAUGUUUUACUAAAUUAAAAUUUAUGAUAUGAUUUGCACAAA